CACUGGGUGAAAUUGACAUUUAAUGGCAACGAUUUUUCGAUCGCAUACGACAAUAUUUUCACUUGUACUAAAUUUGUGCAUUUUCUGCGUAAAUACACAUAUUGGGAAUCAAUCAUUUUAAUUAAGUGAAGAAAAUGGAUAAGCGAUCUAAAGAAGCGUUACGCCGCUAUAAAAAGUCAAGGCAGCAAUCGAGUUCUGAAAGUUCAAGCAGCUCUGAUUCUGAUUCAUCUGGAAGCUCGUACUCAAGUUCAGAUAGUGAACGGCAUCGUCGGAAGAAAGCACGUCAAGCAGCUGGUGGGUCAUCGCGACGUAGCAGUAGCUCAUCUACAGAAGAACGGAGGAAGCGGGAGAAACGUGAACAUUGUCAAAAAAAGCUUGAAGCGAAACGUAUCCAUCUUAAACGCAAAUUGAAAGAAGCUAAGUUAAAGAAAAGAGCCGCUGCUGCCGCAGCAGCACUGAGUGGUCACAUAGGGCAUAGGUCCCUUUCACCUACCACGCAAGCAAAAUUGAAAAAACUUGCCGAAAGAAAGCAUCAGCGUGCAGCAAGCAAGGAGAGACGGGAACGUGAACGUGAAAAACAUCGUGCUGCUAUUGCUAGAGAAAGGGAACGAGAGCGUGAACAUCAUCGAACUGGUUCUCGUUCACCUACCAAAAUUACUAAAAUUCGAAUUCAUCAAGAUGUUAAAAGACAGAAAAGUCCACCACGUAUGCAUCACACUAUGAUGUCACGGGAGAAGAUAAUUAUUCAGACUCGAACAAGGGAACGCACCCCUUCCCCGUCAUCAGAUCGUCGCCACGAUCACAAAAUACGACAUGAUGAGUUGAUAAGGGAACGAGAAAGGCGUGAUCGCGAGCGUGACCGUGCGGAACGAGAACGUGAAGCUGCACGAGAUAAGGAAAGAGCCGAGGCAUUAGCACGUUGCCAAGAGCGUCAACGUGAAAGGGAACGUUUGGCUAGAGAAAAAUUGCGACGAGAAGAGGAAGAAAAAAAGUACGGUGGAAUGAAUAGUGAUCGUGGAGAGCGUCUGCUGCCACGGCCAGCUGAACGUGAGUUAGCUAUAGCAGCAUCUCGAGGGUACAAUAGUCGGGAGCGUUCAUUAGAAGCUGUUGAAAGGACUCGCCAUAUGUCAAAACGUGAUAUAGAUGUUUAUGAAAGGGAACGUGAAUAUAUGGAUGAUGAAAGACGCACGUUAAUUAAUCGUGAAGACAUACGUCGCGACCGUGAUUAUAUGCCACCGCGGCGGCGGGAGCUAAGUCCAAUAGGUGAACAUUACUCCUCGCGUUUAAGAGAUCCGCACGAUAUAUAUGCGGAGGAAGGACGUGAUAGGGCUUAUAAUAGGGCUUAUAUAGAAGAAGGACAUCACGGGCGUGAACGAGAAACACCGUGGCCACGGGAAAUGAGAGAGCGAGAAUUGCAUGAUAUUCGCGAAACAAGAGAGCAACGAGAAACCAGAGACCCAAGGGAAUAUAGAGACAUGGAUAAUGAACAUAUAUACCCCGAUGAAAGAGAACGUCUGAUAAGAAAUAGGGAGCGUGUUCGUGAAGAAUGGAAAAAUGAUUGGGACGUAAAUAGAGAGCAAGAAUGGAAUGACGCACCUCCUGUAACUGGUCGAGGCGGUUUUAUUGGUGGACCUAAAAGGAAUACACCUCUACUUGGAAGCAACUCUAAUUCUGGACCAACGAAAAUAACUCCUCGCGAUCAGCGUCCUCCAUCGGAACCCGAUUGGGAUAACGAAGAGGCACAGAAAAACUCUGUAUCCAAUAAAAAUAUAGUGGACACAACAAAAAUACGUGAUGGCUCUAAUUUUGGAAUAAACUGCACUCAACGGGAAGCAUGGAAUGAGCACGAUCAUCAUGAAAUACCAUCGCAAAGAGAAAAACCUCUUGCACCAGUUCGUACAGAUCCAGUAGAUCGACGAUGGCAAAAUGAUUGGCGAGAAGAAGAAGACCCAAUGCAACGAAUGGGAUCCAGUAGUGGUGGUGGGAAUAUUCCGUCAGCCUUGCAUCAUCAUCGAAGCGAACGAGGCGGACGAGGUUUUCGAAGGGGUGGUGGGACAGGCAGCAUAGAGCAUGGUGACCGGAAUGUCCAAGGGCUUAGAACUCAUCCUCCGCCAUUAAUGACGUUACCCGUUCAACCUCCAGCAACAGGUUUUAUUGGCGGAAGCCCCCGAUUCCCCAAUAAAAGCAAAAUGACGUACACAAAUCCGAAUAUAAUUAAAAAGCAACAUGCAGCUAUGGCUGCUGCCAAAGCAGCCCAAGCAAGCGCAGUAGCAGCAGCAAGCACAGCGGUAGCAGCUGCGAAAGCUGCUGCUCAAAGCGCUGCUAAUGCUACUACCAAUCCAAGUAUCCUAGGACAGGCCAGUAACUUGAUACGUCAGCAACAUGAACCAUACAUUAUGGACGACAAGCCAGAAGCUGGGGAAAUUUUGCACGAUUCUGAUUCAAAGAAAAAAAUAGAUUUCUCAAUUAUAAAUAAGAAGACUGAUCAUUUCUUACCUUUGGGCAAUCCGACGGUGAGUGAUAGCAAGGCUAGCGGCGAACUAAGCGAAAUUAGUGACAGCGACGAUGAUAUUCUGAACAAAGGAGACAAAAAAUCUCGUACCGAAACAGACGAUGAUUCAACCAUGAAAGUAGAAGGUAUUUCUGAACAGGAGGAUUUGACCCGUAGCAAUGACGAUGCUGGGAUUGUAGAUGAAAAGCAUGACGACGAAGAAAUACUUGAUUUUGAAGAAAUCUCUGAUGGAGAACUGGAAGAAGAUUCUCGCAACAAAGGUGUAGGUGAUGCGCUAGGUGUCGAUUGGGCCUCUCUAAUUGCUGAAUCGAAGCUGCAAACUGAUAAUGCCGGUCCUGGAGCUAAUGAACAGCCAACAACUGCAAAACAAAAAUGGCAACCCCACCGCUUGAUACUCGAUAUGGGAAUUUCAUUGUGCAUGGCUGGAGAGAACUACGCCAAAAAACUGCUAAUGGAAUCCAAACAAAAAUUGGCGGAUGAAUUAAAAGAAAUAAAAACAAAUAUCAAAGUAGAAAGUGGAUCCUCUGUUGUUGCCUACGAAGAUGACAUAAACAAAGAUGUCAACUUAAAAAAUUCUUCAGAUGGCGGAGACAUUGUUGAGGUUAAAAUGGAACCAGUCAAUUCUAAACUGGGCGAUGGAAUAGAUGUUAUAUCUUUCAACUUUGAGCGCCUGCAACCCCUUGCUUGCUUGCAAGUUGGUGAGCGUAUCCAACGCUUGGAACGUCAAAGCAUUAUUUCAAAUGCUUGUGGUAGUCAUAGUCGAGCUCUUAGUGCACGUCAAGACUUGAAAAUACGUCGUCAAAUAUGUAAUUUACCUGCACGAGAGUUUGAUUUCUUAAAUCCGCCGCCUAUUAACGCAAAAAUUAAAGCAAUGGCUUUUGCAGCUUUUCAACGCUCUUUAGAAGUGAAAUAAAGCAAUGGCAUCCAUGUUCCCUUUAAAUAUAUAAAUUUACUUUUUAAUAUCUAAUAAAGUUAUACACAAUAUUAAUACCAC